AUGGGAUCUGGUAGUUCUGUAAAUAUCCAGUACAAGUACUCCCUGCAGAAGUCUGAAAGUGCUUUCAAGGCAGCUGUCUUGAUCCAGCAAUGGUAUCGGCGCCACGUGGCUCGGCUGGAAAUGCGCCGCCGCUGCACCUGGAGAAUCUUUCAAUCCAUUGAGUAUGCCUGUGAGCAGGAUCAGAUCAAGCUUCACAACUUCUUCAGUUACCUCAUGGACCAGUUCACACCAAGCAGCAGCAAAGAGAGGGAUUUUAUCAGUCGCAUGUUGAUAAGUGGGGAAAGUUACAAAGAGGCAGAGUUGGAAAAGUACUGUGACUAUGAAUCCAUAGAGGUGCCAGACUCCUACACUGGACCCCAUCUCUCUUUCCCUCUCCUCCCUGACCAUGCCACGGCCUUGCUGGAAGCCUUCCAACAGAAACAACAGCUCCACGCUCGCUAUGUCUUAAACCUCCUGCACGAGACCAGGAAGCACCUCAAGCAGUUGCCAAACAUCAGCCACGUCUCCACCUGCUACAGCGAGGAGGUCACCGUGUGUGGAGAUUUGCACGGCCAGCUGGAUGACUUGUUCCUCAUCUUUUACAAGAACGGCCUUCCUUCCCCUUCCAAGUCCUACGUGUUCAAUGGGGACUUUGUAGACAGAGGCAAGCAGUCCCUUGAGAUCCUUGUUAUCCUCUUUACCUUCCUCCUGAUCUAUCCCAAGGAGGUUCAUCUCAACCGCGGGAACCACGAGGACCACAUGGUGAACUUACGCUAUGGUUUCACCAAGGAAGUGAUGCAGAAAUACAAGGUGCAUGGGAAGAAAAUCUUGAAGAUGUUUCAGAAUGUAUUCUGUUGGCUGCCCCUGGCCACCCUGAUUGAUCAGAAAGUCCUCAUUAUUCACGGGGGCAUCUCUGACACCACUGACCUGGACAUGCUUGAGAAAAUUCAAAGGGACAAACUCCUUAGCCUGCUUUUACCCCCUAGAUUUCCAGAAGGACCCCAGUCAGCCCAGGCUCCCAGCACAGCCAACAGGCUGGAGUUCUCCAGGUGGCUCCGGCAGACGGUGCAGGAGCAAAUUGACACGUGCCGCCGGCUGGUGGACAUCAGUGAGUCAGAGCCAGAGGAGCUCACCUAUUCCAGCAUGGUCUCCUUGAAGGGUGUGGAUGAUGAGCCGUGCUGGAGUCGCCAGGAGGAGUGGAAGCAGGUGUUAGACAUCCUCUGGAGCGACCCCACGCCUCAGGAGGGCUGCAGAGAAAAUAAGGUGCGAGGUGGUGGAUGCUACUUUGGGCCUGAUGUGACAGAGAAGUUCCUUGAGAAGUACAGCUUGCAGUUCCUGAUCCGCUCUCACGAGUGCAAGCAGGAGGGCUAUGAGUUCUGCCACAACCGCAAGGUGUUGACCAUCUUUUCAGCCUCAAACUACUACGAGAUCGGCAGCAACAGGGGAGCCUAUGUGAAGCUGGGACCAGACCUCAUCCCCCACUUUGUUCAGUACCAAGCAAACAAGACAGCCCAUAUGCUCAAUAUGACCCAAAGAAUAAGCAGAGUAGAGGAGUCAGCCUUUCGAGCCUUGCGGGAAAAGCUCUUUGCUCACACCUCAGCCCUCAUCAGUGCCUUCAAGGCCUACGACGGGGACAAUACAGGAAAGAUCACUCUGAGCAACUGGGCGACAGCAGUGGAGUCGGUGCUGCGGCUGGGGCUGCCCUGGCGAAUGCUGAGGCCACAGCUGGUGCGCAGCACCGAGGAUGGCAUGCUGGAAUACAAAUCCUGGCUGGAUGACCUGGCCAUGGAGCAGAGGAGCCAAGAGCACAUCCAGUCAAGCUUGCUGGAAGUCAUUUAUCGAAACAGAUCCAACUUAGAGACCAUAUUCAGGAUCAUAGACAGAGACCAUUCAGGUCUCAUCUCCUUUGAGGAAUUCCAGCAAACCUGGAAGCUGUUCAGCUCCCACAUGAACAUUGAACUCACGGAUGAUGGCAUUAACGACUUGGUUCGCAGCAUUGAUUUUAACAAGGAUGGCAACAUUGACUUCAACGAGUUCCUGGAAGCCUUCCGCCUCGUCAAACAGUGCCCGGCGUGA